UGAGGCGCGGUUCCAGGUUUUACGGCUCUCCCUUUGUCUUGGCGCCUGUUGAGCGGGGAACGGAGCGGCGGGCGAGUCCGAGCUGAGAGCACCGCGCCCGGAAGCAGGGGGCCGCCUUGAGCCGGUGGGGAGGGUUUGGGGAAGGUGGUGGUGAGGAGGAGGGUUGAGGCAGCGAGAGUGGAGCCGGGGCCGAUUGCUGCUAUGGCGGCCUGGGAGCGGGAGCGCGAGCGCGGCUUCUCCAGCGAGGAGCUGCUGUCGUUGCGCUUCCCGCUGCACCGGGCCUGCAGGGACGGCGACACCGGGGCUCUCCGCACCUUGUUGGCCGCCUCCUCCCCCACCGACAUCGGCGUCGAGGACAACUUCUACGGGUGGACCCCCCUCCACUGGGCUGCUCACUUCGGCAAGCUGGAGUGUGUAAUGCAGUUGGUGCAGGCAGGAGUUGGAGUCAACAUCGCAACAUCACGAUUUGCGCAGACUCCAGCCCAUAUUGCAGCUUUUGGAGGACAUCCUCAAGGCUUAUUGUGGCUGAUCCAAGCAGGGGCAGAUUAUAACAUACAGGAUGUUGUGGGUGAAACCCCUGUCCAUAAAGCAGCACGAUCAGGAAGUUUGGAUUGUCUAAAUGUCCUUGUAUCUCAUGGGGCUAAAACAGAUUUAAGGAAUGCAAAUGGGUUGACAGCAGCUGAGCUUGCCCUGGCUCAGGGCUUCCAGGAAUGUUCCCAGUUCCUGUGCAGUGUGCAGAACCAUCAGCUAAAUGGUUUCUAUACUAAUGGCAUCGCCAGUGGUCUUUACCGCGAUAACCUGAUCACAGAUGGCCUAAAUGGCUACACAGGAACCAACCGGAAGAGAAGCCACGAGGAAUCUGAACGCUGUGGAAUCAAGAAGCCGAGAACAGAUGCUCUGGGCUUUGAUGGCUUCGGGACAGCAGCUGAUGGCAUCGCCAUGGACAACGUUGAAAGCAUUUACACAGAGUUCAAGCCUUCAGCUAUUUCCGGUGAGGCUGAAGGAUUCGCAGCUGAGUGUGGCAGCUAUCAGAUCAAAUCGGACCAAGCAGCUCAGGAGAUUGUGUCUGUUAGAGGCCAGGAUUUUGAAGUCUUCACCGUGUCUCCCAUGCAGACCCCAUGUCGCUGUAUAACUAAAUAUGCAUAUGACUUUUGACAUUUUCAGUCUACAUGUUACAAAUUCCUUACCGUUUUUAAAUGGGAUUCAUGAACUAGGCAGAUACUCUCUAAUGAUCCAUACCUAAUUCUGCUGAAAGUAGGAAAUUAGUGGUUUUUGAGAAAAAGAAUUUCUUAAGACUGGAGAAACACAUUCUGAAUAGAUGUCACCUUGGCCCACCUGAUGGCCUGUCUCAUAUACUUGCAGUCACACUCGCACACUGUUUUACUUGACUGUUUUAUGCUGGACAGUAGUGACUACACUUCAUUGAUAUUCAAUAGUCUGUGAAGUGCUUUGAAAUAUCUUGAGGGUGUUAUAAGGUGCUCUUGGUAUAAGUUCCUCCCGCAUGGCUUAUGUGUACACAGUAUCUCAGUGGAGUCUAUAAUAUCGUUUUUAUUUCAAUACUGUUUAUGUUGCAGAGGUUUGCAUUUCAAAAAGGAUGUUAAACCGAGGCCCUCUCUGGUGAGCAAAAAAUCCAAUAACAAUAUUUCAAAUAAGCUCGGGAGUUCUUCCUGAUGUCCCAGCUAAUAUUGCCCAUUCAAUCAAUAUUGCCAAAAUAGAUUAUUUGGUCAUCAUCACGUUAUUGUUUGUGAGAGCUUGAUUUGCAUAAAUUGGUUAGUGUUCCUUAAAUUACAACAAUAACUACACGUCAAAAUAACUUCAUUGGCUGAAGAGUAUUUUAGAAUGGCAUGAGAUCAUGAAAGAUGCUAUGGAAAUUCAAUUUUUAAAAAUUACUUCUGUGCUUUUGGAUGGUGCAUAAUCCAAAUGCAUUGUUAGGUCAAAUGUUAUUUUAAAUAAAUACUUUUGAUACAUUAACUUUUGUUUCUGCUUUGGUUGGUUUUGUUCCCUUCACUCACCAAGGCACUGGCUCUUGCUGAACAAUAGUUCUGGAAAAAUAUAAAUCUUGUACCCGAGCCCGGGCAGUGCUAGGGACCUGUUUAACAGUGGUGGCAUCAUAGCUGAACUGUGUUUUGUUUUUUCUCCAUGUCCAUGAACUUGCUGUUACAACACUGAACACCUUAUAGUCAAUGCCAGGGACCAUGCCUGUUUGUUUGCUCCCCAACUAAUUCAAGACACUGAGGGCCAAUUAGAGUCUCUUUGCCAUCACUCUGGAAAAAAAAUAGAAAUUCUAUAGUCCUUGGAAUCUUGUCUGGCUCCCACGUAGCCUGUUGGAUUUGGUUUCUCUCUCAAUAAACCCUUGGAGGAACAUUUGUUGUUUUGAAUAUUCAAUUAUUCUGGGUGUGAUUAUUGGUUCAGAAAAUUAUGAAUGUUAAAGUUUUAAGUAUUUGUAAGCAUAUAUUUACUGUUGAGUAGUAAUUUGACAUGAGAAUUUUUCUUGUUAAUGUCAUAUUGUGCCUCUGCGUAGUUUUAAUGUGCAAAAUAUCAUAGUUUAAUUGCUGUCCAGGUUUCUGUGCUCUACAUGCUAACACUAAGAAACAAUCUGCAGGACAUUUGAGCUUUCCGUGAAGGUUCAGUGUUUCAGUUUCAUCACUAAAUUUAUCAUUAAGGUUGAACCACAUAUAGUGUAACUAAAACCACGUGUGCCCACUCUUUCUUAGAGACCCAGUGAUUCAACUAGUUUGAUAGCUGAUGUGGCAACACACUGAUCUUCUCCCACAGGAUGUUUCUGUUAGUUGCCUUUAAUUUUAACUAUUGGAUUCAUCAAAAAAGAGCUUCGAAAACAGAGAGAGUGAUAUUUCUAUUUCCUGAUUAGCAUUGCAGGGUUUCUGUCCCAAACAAGUGAAUUUUAUAAAAAUAACAAGAGAGGGAAAACAUCUUGGAUCUUAAAAGUAAAUAGUAUAUAGCUGCAAUUGUCUAUGAAAAGCAUUUUAAAGUACACAGUUUAUAGAGUUUUGAAUGAUCAAUAAAGGUAGUUAAGGUACUACUUGUAAUGAUAUUUAGUUUAAACAUCCAAUUCUACAUAAUAGUGAAGGAUGAAGGUGUGGAAAGCUUACUCUGAUUUACUCCUGAUUGUGGGAAACUAGGGAUGGUGAAUGUGCCUUUGAAAGGCUGACAUUGUACUUCUGUGUUUCAAUCUUUUUCUGGCAGGACAGGCAGGAAGUGUGGGGACAUGAAAUAGACAGGAAGUUGUUUAGUGAAGGAAUUAGAACAGGUAGGUACUAGGGAAUGUCAAAUGAGUGGCAAAGUUUUAAAAUUAGUCAUUUAGUUUUCCAUGCUAUUAAUGCAAGCUGAGAUGUGAAAUAAAGUAUUGACUGUAGGAGAAACCAAAGAUGAAACCUUUUCACAGAGUCGGGAAUGUGAGGCACUCUAGUGCGAGUGCUAAGUCAAUUGCAACUUUCAAAAAUGGUUAGUGGAUGGUUAGUGACAUAUGUGAAAGAACAUGGGGUAAAAACAGGAAAAUGAGGUUGUUUUGGACGAAUGUGAGAAAAAGGGUUCAGAAAUAAGAGUAUAAUAUCUGUCCUGCGAAUGGCCUCACUUUCAAUCAGAAUACUCAAUGUGCUUUAACAUUCUUGUGUAAAACAGUUCAAUUACAGUUUAUUUCCCAAAUGUCUUCUAAUGAUAAAUCAAUUCACAAAGGGAGAAACAUUUGAGCAAGAGGCAAAGUCUUAGCUGAGUGGCUUAAUUUGUAUUUAGACUGAUCAGCGAGAUACAGUUGAGGCAGUUUCCACAUUGUUCCCUGGGAAAUUAGGGGAAGAACAGUUCCCUUUUAACGGAAGAAUCAGCACUCAAGACUAAAGACUCUAGUAGUAUGAUGGUGGAUGCGUUUGACAGGAAAUAAGAACAGUCUGGUCAUGGUUUCUUUUUCAGUCAUCCAGACAUCUGUCUGUUAGUGGUGUCAACAGAUACUCCUCAUCCUCCCCACUAAAGUCAGCCUCCUCUCACAGAUUCAGUACUUUAAAUAGUAAGCGUAUUAUUGCCAUGCAGAGAUUUGCGAUGUUUGGAUCAGCUGGAUCAGGUUUCCCAUUUGCAUUCAAGAGACUCCGAACUAAGACUAAUUUAGUUAUUUUGCCCUGUUUGCAGAAAGUACUUGCUUUUGGUGGUUGCUGCUUCUGUUGAUUUUUUUUUGGCAAAGUGUUCCUCUUCAAGUUAAUGUUCUUUCUGCAGUAAUUCCCAAGAAUAAUCAAAAUAAAUUACCUCCUUUAUUUCAUGUUCUCACA